GCAUUACGAGAGAGAAAACGUAAACGGGAAGAGGAAGUCACUCACAUAGAAGGCUCAGAAGAACCAGGUCUUCCGAAGAAGAAGAAAGCAAAGACAGAAAACCAGAACCCCGAAAACCUACUUCAAAGCGGACACCCAAAGGCAUGGAGACUCCUGUUCGUCCUCGGAAGCCCAAGAGAAAACGUCGAGAAGACAUGAACAUCGGUGCACCAUCCGCCCCGAAGAUAACGCUCAGCAGCUCGAAACUUACCAUCCGAAUUCCACCCCUAAGAGGCCGUUACAUUCCCGAGACCCGCAUUAAUCUUUAUCGGGUGACAUCUUUGUCGUCUCAUUCGGACUACCCACCUUCAGACACCACGGAGAUAGGAUAUGACGAAAGCGAUCUCUCCGAGUUGUCUGCUGAUGAGGUGGCAGACGAACUUCCAAGUAGGACUGCCAUACUGCGUUCGCGCAACCAACCUCAUCAUCGUUACACCUCUUCGACAUCUAUUUCUACUGCCCUCUCCCCAGGCCCACUCCUUCCUCCACCAUCCACCCGUGGUAUCCGUCCUCGCUCAGGCAGCUUCGAUGACCCUUCUUAUCUUAUCGUACAACCCCAGUCUCGUGAACAACAGCCACAGUCUCCCCGUGCUGUCCCAGCUGCCCACAAGUCAAGGAAUAUCCCUGUAGAUCCAUUAGAUCGGCGUGGCGAGCUUGGGACCUGUCAGCCCUAUACGACCCUCCCUCCCCGCCUGCGAUCGCUACUCUACAAACCACGGACGACGAAGACCCUAGACGAAGACGAUAGGGUGCAGUCUCUUUUGCACAACAUCUCUUCACUCCGACCCCAACACAGAACCAAACGCAGACGGUGAAGUUGAGAGAAGCAGUUGAUGCUGCUGCUGACCACCGCAGUGCGUUUUCGACUGGCAUGAAGGAGGAAGACAUACUCCGCUGUGUUGCUAUUUCUCGUCUUAGAUCUCCGGUGAUUUGA